GGCGAUGGCUUCCAAACUCCUGCGCGCGGUCAUCCUCGGGCCGCCCGGCUCGGGCAAGGGCACCGUGUGCCAGAGGAUCGCCCAGAACUUCGGCCUCCAGCAUCUCUCCAGCGGCCACUUCUUGCGCGAGAACAUCAAAGCCAACACCGAAGUUGGUGAUGUGGCAAAGCAGUACAUAGAGAAAGGCCGUUUGGUUCCAGACCAUGUGAUCACACGCAUGAUGCUGUCGGAGCUGGAGAACCGACAGGAUCAGCACUGGCUGCUAGACGGUUUUCCCAUGACAUUAGUUCAGGCUGAAGCCCUGGACAGAAUCUGUGACCUGGACCUCGUGAUCACUCUGAACAUUCCAUUUGAAACACUCAGAGAUCGUCUCAGCCGACGCUGGAUUCACCCUCCUAGCGGGCGGGUGUAUAACCUGGACUUCAAUCCACCUCUUGUACAAGGGGUUGAUGACGUCACAGGUGAACGGGCCAAGCCGGUGGUUAAACUCUACAAGUCCCGAGGAGUGCUCCACCAGUUUUCUGGAACUGACACUGACAAAAUCUGGCCCUGUGUUUACGCGGUUUUCUCGAACAAGAUCACGCCGAUUCAGUCCAGAGAAGCAUGCUGAGCCCGGCCAGGGGAAGAACCAGGAAGAUGUGCUUCUCCCUCCAGAUGUUUCCGUUGUAUGUGUAGUAUGGUCCCCAGUAGAAGCCAGCUGAGAUAGCUUGCAGUAUCUUUUCUAGUUUCAAUGAUGAACUGAUAUGAAAACUAAUGAGUGCAAGGAGGCAAUGAAGAGGCUGUUCUCUGCCCUUCGGAAAGAAGGGCCACCCACACAUGUUGAAGAUGCGUCUGCACACGCCCGUCAAGCCCUUCGCCAGAAAACGAGGACAGGCUGGAUUUCAAACGCCGCAUAACCCAAGCUCUAGCUGAUUUUUGACCUUCAUGUGGCCAUAGUGGCAGCCUUUUUGCAUAUGGUGGUGGUGGUCUCUGGGUUCUCCCCACCCCCUAAAGGCUGUUGAACCACAGCACCAGUGGCCUGAGGAUGCCCAGGGCUGUAGCCCGGGCUUUGUCCACGUUCUCUGGAUGUCCUCCCCUGGAGACAAGGAGGUUGAAGCCAGUUGCCCACAGUGGUCGCUUCUCUGACUUUGAGUGACUGUACCCACAACUUACUAUUUUUUUGUUGUUGUUGUUAGGAGAGGCAUCUCCCUUGCAUCCAUGCUCCAUAGAAGCUCUGCCCUUCAGACAUCCUGGAAUGAAAGGAUUUGGCUUCUGCUAUUUUUAUUAGAUGGUGUUUAUGUUGUUGUUUUUUAAACAUCUGUUGCCUCCCCUCCCUUUCUCCCUACAGAUCCUUACUGCUUUGAGCCCACUGAGAUUCCUCUGUAAGAGCUGAGAGCUAGGGCAUGAUGUCAGAUCACUCGAUGCACCAGAACUGAGCUCUUUGAGGGUCUACUUUACACUGCUGAUCUGACUCUCAUGGGUGGAUACUGUUCAUUUUUUUGUUGUUGUUGUUGGAAAAAAUAAUCAUCGUUGUAAAUCCCCAAAGUAAGAAAUAUUCACCUACAUAAAUGUUAAAAGACCAUAUCUUAUGUACUAGAUGUAAUUAAGACCAUAGGGAGUUACUGGACUGAAAGAAUUGUUUACUUUUUAUUCAAGAUAAAAAAAAAUGUAUUUUGAAAAUGCUGCUAAAUGUUGAUGCCGACAGUGUUUUUCUCCUGUGAGCAAAGUGUUGGCGAAGGGAAUGGAGCCUGUGGGGCUGCGGAAACAUGUUGCACUAGCUGUGCCUAGACUCAGGAUGACAGCUUCACAAGGACGAGGAAACAAAAUCUUAAUUUUUUUUUCUAUUCCAAAGAUUCUAUAGGGUGGCCAUAAAGUCUAAAAAGAUGGAUAACACUAUUUUGUCAUUCACUGUAAUGUAAUAUCAAUAAAUCACUUGUUAACGCUUUGCUUGGUCUCCAGACUUGGUGGCCACCUUGUAUAAUUCUUGCUCUCCUCUGGGAAGAAUGAUGAAGUUUAUUCCUGUUGCCUUAAAAAAUAGCCCUCUUCAUGCAUUGUGAUUAUUCCCCUCGAGGGGCCUUUACUAUUCCUGGGAGGGACUUCAGUGGACUUAUUGCCUUUGGCCUCUUUGGGGAAGGGAUAGGAAACGACCUGCUCACUGAUUCCAUAUUCCUCCAUCCUUCACUCCCAUCUCCCUCCCAGCAAAAUAACAACCACAGCCUGUGACACUGUGUCUCACAGUGUUGGCUGUUUCUGAGACUGCCCACCAACCGGGGUGGCCCUUUGCUAGGUGAGACCAAAAAAAGUCACACACCUUUUCCAUGGUCUUUGGAAGACGAUGCUUAUUUCAUGCUCAGUGGUCUAAAUAUAUAUUAUUUCUGGUUUUCUUCAACACACUCCUUCAAUGAUUUUGUAAAAAAUUUUUAAAAAAUUGUUUUGGAAAAUAUUUUGUGAAAAGUAAAAUCCAAGGGACAGCUUUUCUUGGUUUUCAUUCUACUGCCACACACACAACUCCUUUGCUGUUACGCAGAAAUCAUUUGGAUAGUCUGAGAUUCCCCCCUGUCCUCACAUGCGGUGGUUCUAACCAGCUCUGAAUUCACUUUCUCUCCAUUAUCCUGACAGGCAGCCCGCUUGCUCAAGACUUAAACAUUGCUGUGUUUAAUACCCGUUAACUUUAAUGCAAGCAUAAAAGAGGUACCAUUUAUCAAAGGCCUACCGACUGGCAUGUGCAGUUUCAGGGCCUUUAUAAAAACAAGGUGGGGCAAAAAUAGGUUUACAGCUGUUCAUGGAAAAUAAUACAAUAAUCAAUAAUACAGGAACAAACUUUUAUGCCCUCACAACUGUGACCCACCCUGUACUUCGUCUUUCAAGCAUCCUGUGAGAUAGGCACGCUCCCACAUUUAUAAGAGAAGGCAAGGUCAGAGAUGUGAGGCGUGUUGCCCAGGCCCCUGCUGCCAAUAACUGUAGCCAGGACUCACGCUCAGGCUUUCCUGACUCUGCAGCAGAGUUUGCUCCUGGAUGUCAACCACCUGUUUCCUGAGUGAGCUUGCUUGUUUUUGUCUUGUAUUUAAGAGUGGCCUCACAUAAAAAAUGGUCCCCUACGUGACAUUCCACUUUACAUGGUACUGUUCUUAGUUUUCCCUUUGCUUACGCAAAGGAAGCUGCUAGAAAGUCUGAGCCUUGAUACUCCUCCGAAACUAUUCUCAUUUAUAGACAAAAUAAAAGGCUGCUCAUGUACUAUAGGCUGGUUUGAGUCCUGGCUAAUCUAUGGAGAAGGGAAUCUCAUGUCCCUCACCAACCCUUUUGUGUCCAUAGUUUUAAGCCCUUAAAGGGACCAUUACCCUUUAGCCACCCUCACCCAUGGUGCUCACAGGUAGGUCAGGGCUCCUGGGAGCCUCACUUCUUUCCUGAGAUUAGAACAAAGCGCUUGCUCCGACCCCAGGCAAGGCCCUGAUAAACUGGUCCUUCCUAAAGUGCUGGCAGGUGAACCAAUGGUGAUGUGCACCUACACAGGGUAACCCUGACUUUACACCAUCUCUCUAUAUUAUAUCACCAGGAUUCUGAAUGCCAAAUCCACACCUUAGCCUGCCAUCUGAUGUGGUGGCGCUGCUUAUCAUUCACUGUUCUGGCCAACUCGGGAGACUAGCUUCCUGUCUUCCCCACCUUCCCCAGGUCAUUCCCUGUCCCCCUCCAGAAGCCACGCUCAGAUGUGCCUCCCUUCUCCCCCUUCCCUGCCUGACCCCCAACCUCCAUUGGGAAGGGAAAGGAAAGGAGCAAUGGGUGAGAGGUACUGCUGUGGCUUUUUCUGCCACUCAAAAUGUUGAGACAAUAAUGUUAGAAAGAUACCUGUGCAAAGCCAUACAUAGGGCUUUUACAAAAUGUAAUUUACUGGAACCUACAUUCAGUAUUUGACUUGAGCAGUUUGUCUAAACAAUUUACCGGCAUGCUGGGUGUAUUUGCUCAAAUCAUAAACAUCACAAAUUUCCAAGUGUUAUGGUAUAGGCAUCCUGAGCAGUUGCUGGUUAUUGCUAUUUCAUGCUAAGUGCUUUACAUGCAUUGUCUAAUUAAAUCCUUAACAAUUACCCUAAAUGAUAGAUAUUUCAAUUACCUUGCCUCCUUGUAUUUAGGAACUGAAAUAAUCCGGUUUACGUGAACUGUUUUCAUGGACCUAUAGGGAUUAAUCAGGAAAUGAAAAAUGGCGUUUUUGGUACCUUUCUCUAGUCUGAGCUCUCCAUUCUCAUUAGUAGGUAAAGCAACGUAUUUGCUCCUGCCUGGCACCUUUGCUUUUGGCGCUCUGGUUCUGAGACAGGAAAUGGGCCCUCCCCGGGUCCCAGUGGUCGUUGCACACUGUAUACACAGAGGGCAUAUGUCUCAUCUGUACUCUGCCUGUGUUACAGGAUCCUGGGAGGCAUCCGUAUCUACCUGAUGAGUUUUGCUUAUCACCUUUCCGUGAACAGACAGCAGUUACAUUUUCUUGCUGCAGUUAAUUUUGCCGGAGAGGCCAUUCAUAAGGCAGAUCAUGUUCACGGUAUGAAUUGCUUCUCCCUUCCCCUCCAUUUUGAGUAACUCCCUUGUGUCUGAUUGGUGUCUCAAAAGAAGAAUGUGGUCUGGUCCUAAGUUAUCACCCCUUUUCUGUACAUAACGGGCCCAGUCUGGUUUCCAGGGGAGAAGUGUGCAAGACCCAGAUGUUGGGGACCCAUGAGGCCAUAUUUCAGCCGUGAAGAAAUAUCUGCUUCCUGCACCUGUUGAGAUGUAUUAUAAUUACAGUUGUUUAUAAGUGCCAUAUCUUAUCUUUCUUUUAGCAAAUUGCACAGUUCUUGCCAAAAUAAAUGCCAUUAUCUAAUUACUGUGUGUGAGAGACAGAAUGGCAAAGAGAGAGAGAUGGUAAAACAUUUCCAAAAAGGAAAAAGCUCUUAUAUGGCAUGAAUAUUCCUUCCUUCCUUAGUGAUAAUUAGGCUAUCCCAAGAAGUUCCGUAUCUUUGAAAGAAAAGAUUUCCUGCUUAAAACCUUUCGAACAUCAGUGCACCCAGACGAUUCUCCCUGGGGUUAGUGUGUGUCCAACUCCAUUUCAUCAAAACUUUUUCUUUAUUUUAAAGCUUUGGCUAUACAGUCAGAAAUGUACUCAGUAAAAACAAACUGAAUUGUAUUUAAUUUAUAGGAAAGGGAAGAAAAACAAAAACUCAGUCUUUAGGUCAGCGCCCAGGCGUCAGGAGUCAGAGGGCCCUUCUGGCUUUAGGAGAAUCUGUACGACUGAUUUUUACAUACUCUUGUUUCUGAGAUGAACAGAUCUCUGGGGGAAAUGGAGUUCCAAUGGCAUUUCACUGUGAUCCCUCUCACGCUCAAAUCAGUUCUCCAACCCAAGGACAACUUGUUUCUGGUUUACUGCCCUGUGAACCCUCAGCUCACUUUCCCAGAAGUCACGUGUUUACGAUGAGUCAGUGCUUUCCCUCAGGGAGAGCCCUUGGCCUUCUUGAUUUGGGUAUAUGUGCUUAAUGCAGACUAUAGAAACCUAAUCUGUAAGUGUUUUAACUGUUCAUUGUAUUAUUAUUUUUACUAUCUUGCUUGAAGCUUAUUCAAACUUUUUGAUUUGAUAGAAAUAAAGUUUUUUUUUCCUGCUUA